AUGGAUCUUGGGCAAGCCAACUACAAGCAAAACCACAGCACUGUUCAAGAGUUCAUCUUAGUAGGAUACCAAGCUUAUCCUGUCUUCCUCUUCACCAUCUUCCUGGCCACGUAUUCAGCAAUAGUACUAGGGAAUGGUCUGAUUGUGAUAGUGACAACACUGGACCCUUCCUUACACACUCCCAUGUACUUCUUCCUGCGUAGCCUGUCAGGACUAGAGAUGUGUUACACUUCAGUCACCCUUCCUAAGAUGAUGGCCAAUCUGAUGUCUGGGGAUCGUUCCAUUUCCAUGGCUGCUUGUGCCUCACAGAUGUUUUUCCUGCUCUUCCUGGGUGGGACAGAAUGCUUCCUGCUGUCAGCCAUGGCCUAUGACCGCUACCUUGCCAUUUGUCAGCCUCUCCACUAUAUGACAAUCAUGAGCCACAGAGUGUGUGUAGGCAUGGUGGCGGGCUCAUUUGUCAUCAGCCUCCCUAUGCAGUUGUUCCAAAUUGGAAUUAUCUUCUCUUUACCCUUCUGUGGAUCCAACGAGAUUGAUCAUUUCUUCUGUGAUAUCCCACCAGUCCUCAGCUUGGCAUGUGCUGACCUUUAUUCCAAUGAAAUGACUGUGUACGCUGAAUCUAUCAUCUUUGUUAUCAUCCCUUUUCUCCUCAUUUUGGCUUCUUAUGUGCAAAUCACCAAGGCCAUACUGCGCAUGCCAUCAGCCACAGGACGCCAGAAAACCUUUUCCACAUGCUCAUCCCACCUGACAGUGGUCAUUCUCUUUUACGGCUCUGCAAUGGUUGUGUACCUGCGUCCCAAAACCCCAGAGUCUGUGAAGGCUAACAAGUUGCUGUCCUUGCUAUACACCAUUAUCAUUCCCCUUUGCAACCCUCUUAUUUACACCCUGAGAAACCGGGAGGUAAAGACUGCCUUCAGAAGGCUAAUAGUAAGGAAAAGAUCUUUGGAAGUGGGAACAGGAAUGAUGGGCUGA